UUGCUCUUUGGACAGGCUGGUCAGUUGCAUCUUGUGAAACCAUAUAUGGUUGCAGUUCAGAGUAACAAUGUCUCUGCCGUGAAUGAAGCCUUGAAUGAACUUUAUGUCGAAGAUGAGGACUACGAGAGACUCCGUGAAUCAGUUGACAUGCAUGACAACUUUGACCAGAUUGGUCUUGCCCAGAAGCUUGAGAAGCAUGAAUUGCUGGAGAUGAGGAGGAUCGCCGCCUACAUUUACAAGAAGGCUGGCAGGUGGAAGCAGUCCAUUGCUCUAUCGAAGAAAGACAACAUGUACAAGGACUGCAUGGAGACAUGCUCACAAUCUGGCGACCGUGAACUAUCAGAGGACUUGCUCGUGUAUUUCAUUGAGCAGGGUAAGAAAGAAUGUUUUGCUUCUUGCCUCUUCAUUUGCUACGACCUGAUCCGGCCGGAUGUCGCUCUUGAGCUUGCAUGGAUGAACAACAUGGUGGACUUUGCCUUCCCGUACCUGUUACAGUUCAUUCGUGAAUACACUAGCAAGGUGGAUGAUUUAGUGAAGGACAAGAUCGAGUCGCAGAAGGAAGAAAGAGCUAAGGAGAAGGAGGAGAAAGACCUUGUGGCUCAGCAGAACAUGUAUGCGCAGCUGCUUCCUCUCGCUUUGCCGGCGCCACCAAUGCCUAGCAUGGGUGGCCCUCCACCUCCGAUGGGUGGAAUGGGCAUGCCUCCCAUGGCCGGGAUGGGUAUGCUGCCGAUGGGCCCUGGUCCGAUGCCAGCAUUCGGAAUGGGAGGCUACUGAAUUGUGGUUUUGCAGGGAGCUUAGAUGAUGAUGUGAAUUGUUCCAUUGCAAGCAUAAGUGGAACCUCAUUGGAGCUGUACAUGGUUUACAGUUUGGGAAAUCAAUAUUCUUUAUUGUACCAGGAAACUUUUUUUUGGGCGAGUCAGUGAAAUCAGCCUGACCCAUAGCUUGAGAAGCGCAACCUAUGAUAUGUUUUACAAUGGGAUCGGAAAUAGGAUGAUUAGGUUGUUUCAGCAUGAGCUAUUGAAAGCUGGUAUCAUGUGUAUGUAUAGUGGUGUGAUAAAAUCUUUUGCGUGUCGAUAGACAAAUGUAUGUUUCCUUGUUACGACCUGUUAAUCUAUAUAUUAGCCCGACUUGUAGU